GGUAAGUCCCGAGAUAAACAACACUUGAUCUUGACAACCUGAGAUAAAGUAUCUUACUUAUACUUCAACAUCUGGGACUUUGACUGAGAUGAUCAGUCAAUUCUUUUGUUUGCUAAAAUGCAGUUGUCAGUGGAAAUAAUUUUAAUUUUAGUUUCCAUCAGCUGUGUGAUCACAAUCCCGGUGCCUGACAACACAGACCUCGCAAGGAUUGUGAAUGGAGAACCAGUUGAUAUAAAAGAAGUUCCUUACCAGGCAGCUCUAAGAAGAAGAGUUCUGUCAGGAUGGGCACACACUUGUGGUGCUGUUAUAAUUACAAGCAGAGGGGUUCUAACUGCUGCUCACUGUGUUGAAGCAUUCGUAUCACAACCAUCAUUAUUACGAGUUGCAGUCGGUACUUCGUCUCGUCUUACUGGAGGAAAGACUUACGAUGUUUCGGUUAUUCACUCCCAUGAAGGCUUCUCAACCUCAACAUUGGAACAUGACAUUGCAUUAUUGAGCACUUCAAAAGUCAUGGAUUUCGGCGAAACCGUAGCUCCUGUAUCUGUUGCUUCAGAACAUUAUGUUCUGCCUGAUGGUACCGGAGCUAUAGUAUCCGGGUUUGGGACGACGUCGUAUGAAGGUUCAUCAUCUGAAGUGCUGCAGGCAGCUCGAGUUAGUAUCGUCUCUCAGAGUGUAUGCGCCCGUGCCUAUCUACGCAUAGCCAAUAUCGGGACAGGAAUGGUGUGUGCUGUCGGCAGUAACCCACCAAAGGAUGCCUGCCAAGGUGACUCCGGUGGACCUCUAGUUGUAAGAAAUGUUCUAGUCGGUAUCGUCUCUUGGGGUGAAGGUUGUGCCAAUGCAAAUUAUCCUGGAGUAUACACAAGGGUUUCUGAAUACAGUCCAUGGAUAAGGCAAAAAUUAGAAGUUAUGAGGACUAGUGGAUAAUUUUAUGAUCUGAAAAAUAAAAUUACAUUACUAAGUAGGUAUGUAUGAAUUUUAAAUGGUGUUUUGUGUCACAAAACCUUCUUUACGGACAUAUUAUUCAUAACUUCAGAAUGACUCUUUUUCCACAUUGAUAAGUAGUGAGCAAUAAACCUUGUUUAGAUAUGGAUGGUGAUUUUUUUACAGUACUAUGUAGAUACGUUUUCAUUUUCUCAGUCCAGAAAAUUAGACAUGUGUCCCAUGCAUCUUUGAUCUUUUUUUGCUUAUUGAUGGUCGACCAUAAAUGUUUUAUUAUUAACCUCUUCUGAAAUGUGUUUAGUGAAAUUCUAAGUUGAAAUGAUUGUCCGAUACGAAGGUUUUAUGAACAAAUGUAUCAAAAUGUUGUAAUAAAUUGUAAAUAAAUACUUUUAAAUCAAAUAUAUCAGGUACAAGUGUUGAGAAAUUCAAUGUUAUCAGAAGAUUGUAAUCAUUGUAAUUUAUAGAAAUAAUGUUAAAAAGUACUUUAGUUAGUUAAAAAGUUUUGACUGUAUAGCGCAAAUUGUUAAAAAUAAAGACAUGUAAUUUGUGCCAGAAUGCAAAUUUUGUUAAUAAAAAAUAUUUUCUUUUAUUUUCAA